AUGGCCACUAUCCACAGCAUAUGCCUCGGGAAGCUCAAGGACUUGCAAAUAAUACGGCAAUCGGUGCCAGAGUGGGAUGGCCCAGUUGAUGCAAGGAUAUUUCAGGAAGACGAGGUGGACGAUAACACUCAAAACCCUGGGCCACUGAUGGGAGCGGACGACGACCACUUGGAUACUGCGUCCCAGAGACGGCCGUCCUCUGGUCGUCGAGGUAUAAGUACUCCUCAGACUCGUCGUCCUUCGUCUACCCCAAGCGCAACCACCCCGCUCGCACCUCCUCCAGCCCUAAUAACCCACUUGAACCAUGAUGCAUGUGAAACCAUUCUAUUGACGUCCAAAGACGACCCAUCCCUCCCUGCUCUGAUAGUACGUCUUACGGACUUUGUUCCCGUCAAAUUAAGUAAACAGGAUGGCGAAAUUAUGCAAAGAAAAUUACGCAGAAAAAGAGGGCAUGAUGAAAUUACCUGGCCGGAAACCGAUAUUUCACGAUGUCCUGCUUGUAUGCACGACGUUGAACGAGGAUACCUAGUGUAUGAGAGGCUUCUAGCUGUCAUGGAAGAUAAGUACCAAGGCUUGGCCUUUCGGUUGGUUCCCCGAGCCAUGUGCACGUCUUGCCAUGACCGGUUGUUCACUCAACUCAAGGAAGCUCAGCCUCCUUCACGAUCUUCUUUACUAUCAACGGGCGGGUUACGUCCCCUGGCUGAUGUUUGGAAUGAUCCCGAUACCAAAGCAUUUGUUUGUUCAUAUUCCCAUCACUGGUUUGCCACCCUCUCGCGAAUGAGCCAAAAACGAGUACGAAGGCUUGAGGAUGAAGACGGACGGUAUCAUCUGCAGUCAGCAUCUUCGCACAACGAUCAUGUUGGUGGAGAGGAAGGGUCACGACACACUGCUCCAUCAUCCCCUGCAAUGUCCUCAGACUCAAAUAUACCACGCAUUCGCGUUGAUUCCGGAGACGACAGAUUAAGAAUCGGCUGGACAAUUUGUUUCGGUAUUUGCAGUCGAUGUCGCAAACCUUGCAAGUGGAAAUGCAGCCGGUGCUGGUCAGCGUACUACUGUGGCCGAGCAUGCCAAAAGAAAGAUUGGCCUGUCCAUCGCAGCACGUGCCAUGAAAGAAUGGCCGUACAGGGCGAGACAGAGUCAAACGAUAUUGUUCGCGGCGACGAGUCUACCGAGACGGAAACUGUGUAA